AUGCGUCUUCUCACCGUCCUUGCCGCCACUAUCACGGCUGUUGCUGCCUUGGAAUGCGGCGACCUCGUCAUUGAAAAGCCCCGCGAAGUCUCCUGCUCCCGCCCAACACGGGCCGGAGACACGAUCAAAAUCCACUACCGUGGCACGUUUACCAACGGCACUGAGUUUGAUUCCAGCAUUGGAGGGGAGCCAUUGGAGUUUCCUCUAGGCGCAAAAAAGGUGAUUAGGGGCUUCGACGAGGGUGCCCGUGACAUGUGUCCUGGCGACAAGCGCAAGAUCACCAUCCCACCACUGCUGGGCUAUGGAGAUAGGGAGGUUGGGCCAAUCCCGCCUAACUCGACGUUGAUCUUCGAAACGGAGCUUGUGGAAAUCGUUGGCGUCCCAAGAGAGAACAACUAA